AUGGAGGAUGGCCCCAGCUGCUCUGUGCUCCACCUUGCUUCCCUGCUGCUCCUCACCCAGCUACUCGCGUGGGGUUCUGCAGAGGAGUUCUUGGUCAUCGGUCCCUCAGACCCCAUUGUGGCCGUGCUGGGCGGGGACAUCACACUGCCCUGUCGUGUGGCCCCGGCUAUGAAUGUAGAGACCAUGGAGCUGCGCUGGUUCCGCUCCAAGUUCUCUGAAGCCGUGCUCAUCUAUGAGAACGGCUGGGAGCAGAAGGAAGAGCUGAUGGCACAGUACGCAGGGCGGACCUCGCUGGAGAAGGAACUCCUCAACCUGGGGCAGGCUGCUGUGCGCAUCCACAAGGUCCAGGCUUCUGAUGACGGGCUAUAUUCCUGCUUCUUCAGAAAGGGAGGCUUCUAUGAAGAGGCCAGUUUGGAGCUAAAGGUGGCAGGUGUGGGCUCUGCCCCUCAAGUGCGCAUCACAGGGCCAGAUGGGGAUGGGGUCCGCGUGGUGUGCACGGCCACAGGGUGGUUCCCGAAGCCCCAGGUGCUGUGGAGAGACCUCAGUGGAGAGAAGCUCCUGGCAUUCUCCGAGGCCCAUGCCCAAGACUCCGAAGGGCUGUUCAGCGUGGAGGCCGCUCUGGUGGUGAGAGACCGCUCUGCGGGCAAUGUGACCUGCUCUGUCCUCAACCCCAUCCUGGGCCAGGAGAAGGCCAUGGCCAUUUUCAUCCCAGAGCCCUUCUUCCCCCAGGCUUCUCCCUGGAAGCUGCCUUUCCUGGUGAGCCUGACUGUGCUGGGGCUCCUCCUCCUGGGGGCGACCUGUUACACCCAGAGAGAACAUUCCACAAAGCUGCAGCAGUUCAGAGAAAAGGAGAUUCUGUUUCAGGCUAAGGAGGAGGACAGGCAGACAAUGGAGGAGGCGCUGAAGGCCACAGGUGAACUCCAGGCAGAACUGGAAUGGAGGAAGAGCGUUUACCUGGCUGCCUGGAGGAAGGCCCAGCUGUAUGCAGAUUGGCGGCAGGAGAAGUUCCAGGCCUGGUCUGUCACUCUGGAUCCAGGUUCUGCCAAUUCCAGCCUUGUCAUCUCUCAUGAAAACACGAGAGUGACCUUGAAGGACGCCUCUGAGGAUUCAAGUGCCCUCAGCAGCGUGCUGGGCGUUGAGGGCAUCACAUCAGGGCGCUGUCACUGGGAGGUGGAGGUCCAGGAUGGAGACAAAUGCGAGUGGGUUCUGGGGGUCUGCAGGGAAGAUGUGAAAAGGACAGGCUGGUACAGAGAGUACCCAGAUAAGGGAUUCUGGGCUGUGGGGAAGUUUGAAAGUGGAUAUGUUGCCUGCAGUCUCCCUCAGACUUCUUUAUCUCCAAGGCAGCCUCCCCAGAGGGUGGGGGUGUUCCUGGACUACGACACAGGGGACAUCUCCUUCUACAACAUGACUGAUGGCUCCCACAUGUUCUCCUUCCCUCCUGCUUCUUUCUCUGGGACUCUCUUUCCAUACUUCAGGUUGAAGUCAGGAGUUGUGUCCUUGACCCUCUGCCCCAUGGCGGGUGGGCCCAAGGGGCUCCCUGGGCCCUUUGACAGUUCUCCUCUGGAGGAGCCUGUGAGCCCCCCAGGCUCUAGUGUAGAUGGGGCUGAAUCUCCACUUCUCCCCUGCGGCAUGGAGGCCGUGCCCCACCACUGUCCCUGACCCCUCCCUGAGGCUCUUUCUGCAGCUGCAGACUCCCUGUGGCAAAGCCUCUGAGGGAAUCCUUGAAUGCCGACUCUUACCCUCAUGCUCUACACGCAUACUCUGGGGUAUGAGGUUGUGAGAAGAGUCAGUUCCUGCCCCUGCUCAGGCAGCAAGUGACAGAAGUUGACUGAGCUGGUUGGGAUAGGCUGUAUUUUGAUAUGAGAAGUUGUUUUUCUUUUGGUAAUGAAAAGUAUUUCAUGGUCCCUUUAUACUGUUUGAAUAUGAAGGGGUUUAGGGGCUGAAUUAUUCUGCAGAAUUAAAUGGAGUUUCCUUUAUCCAACUUGAGUUUGUGCAGAAGAACCCAGAGGCUGAGGGUAGUCCCAGAUCUAUUUUGGGGGCUCUUUACUCUCUGACCGGAAAACUUGGCCAUCCAAAAAUUUCCAGGGAAAUGGAUGGCUGUGGACUUUAAGAGGAGAGGAGUCCAAUGUUCCAUUCUCUAUAUUUCCUGCUCUGGGAUGGAUGGAACAGUUGUUUUUCCAACCUCAGUAAGUUUCUGUUACUUGGGAAAACCUGUGCUGUGUUAAUUUAGGGAAUCAAGGAGAAGCACCUGGGCUCCCCAUUAGUGUGGCAGCACCAGGUGAAAAGGAGAGAGCUCUGCCAGGAUUAAGAUGCGAAUGAAGAAGAGAAGUUUUAGAAGCAGGAUGAAUAUCAGAAAGCUUUGACCGUGAGCAUGUCCCAUCAUCAGUGUUGUCGCCUCUUAGUGCUGCCAGGUCCAAUGGUAAAGUUAGUGGAAAACCACAGCAAAGAAAAGGAAGCAGGGCCAUGGAGGACUCAGACCUACAGGAUGAAGGUGCGUUCACUCUACGAGGCAGAGAGCUCUGACUUGCUGUGGUUCUCACUGAAGGUGGAAGACUCGGAGUGGGAAGUGGAAGAAAGAAGUCUGACCUGAGACCAAGGGCAGAAGCAAGGAGUGAAGGAAAAGCCUUGCAUGCUUUCUCUUCCUUGUUGUGUGUGUAUGUUUACUUGUAUAUAUUAACCGUUUUCUUCCUCGCUCUCCUUACCCUUUUGGUUUUAUGUAAGUUGUUGGGGGUUAUGUUUAGUAUAGUCUUUAGGUAACAGUGGGGAUGUGAAUUUCAGGAAAUUUGUACUAUAAAUAUAGCAGUGGUGAUUGAUACAAUGACUGGGACUUGCUGUCUGCUCAUUUUGGGGAAAGGGUGAGAAUUUCUUCACUUGUUAGUCUAGCUUUGUCUUGGUGCGUGCAAAUGCAUCGAGUUGUAUUUUUGUAUGAAAGUUCAAAUUUGGCAAAUGGUUCAUAUUGAAGUUGAGUAGCCUAGGGUGUGGUCUGUUCCCGUGAUCAAUUUAUUGCCUGUUGGUUCCAAAUCUAUCUCAUAUUUGCCCUGCUUUGUGAUAUGGAGCUUGACCCCCCCCCCUGAAGUUUCUGUGCCAUCUGGCACAAUGUUGUCAGCCUUUGCACUGCAGGGGGCGCUGUAGGACCUAGCAGAGGAAACGGGCUUAGUGCUGGCCCUUCUUGUUCUUCUUUAAUAUGUUUUUGUUGAUUUCAGAGAGAGGAAGGGAGAGGGAGAGAGAGAG